CCGAUGCUAAAUGAAGUUUUACACGAUUGCUUCAGGAUGCCAUCAUCAGAGUGUUCCGGUUGCGAGAAGUGUUUGGUUGAUAAUUGUGAAUUAAAAUGGCCCAAACGGAUGAUACUCGGCGUAAUUGGCUCCAGAAGUUAAAAUCCUACGUUACCGUAGAACCGGUAGUUAUAUUCUUCAUCUUUGGCGUGGUUUCUUCGACGGGAGUGAAGAUUUUCGAGUACGAAAAAGCAUGUGCCAGCAAGCUGGGCGUGGAUCUGCGAGUUUGCGAAUUCUUCCCCCAGCUGGAGGAUAAUAAUAUUUGUGAAGGUGUGGAAACUUUGAAUAUCACUUCCGGCGUGGAGCCUGGUGGAAAUGAUUCGCUUGGUGGAAGUUAUCUGGUCGACGAUGAAGUUCAACGGUUGGAGUUCAGACAAGCUGUUUGCUCGGCCAAAGAAAAUUCAGUGAAUGAGGUGGCUUCUUUGAAUUCCUACAGGAGCAUUAUAACUGGCAUAGUUCAGGCCUUGGUGCUUCUUUUCGUUGGAAGUUGGAGUGAUCGCGUUGGAUUGAGGAAACCGUGCAUCUUGAUUCCUAUUGCAGCAGACAUCCUCAACUACUGUGCACUGAUCGCAUCGGCUGUCUUCAUGCGAGGGAUCUCCCUUGAGUUCGCCGGAAUCAUUCCGAAUCUGAUUGUGUCCUUCAGCGGAGGACUCCCAUUGGUACUCACGGGUGUCUACAGCUACCUGACGGUGUGCACAGCGGAAGCAGAUCGAACAUUUCGAUUCGCUUGCACUGCUGUGGCCAUUGCGAUUAUUCCAAUCCUGGCUAAUUUUUUCAGUGGAUUCCUGUUCAAAGCACUCGGAUUUGUUAAACUUUGCAUUUUGUGUAUUAUAACGGAUUCGAUAGGAUUGCUCUACGGACUGUUUGUUUUGAAAGAGCCCACCGAGCGGGAACCGGUCACAGCAGAAGAAAACUCUAAAGAAGAACCUGGAGGACCUGGGACCAGCUAUUCCGAAUCGAUGCGAAAACUGUUUGAUGUCUCAUUGGUAGUGGACUGUGUACGGGUGCUGGCCAGAAAACGGGUCUUCAAUCUGCGAGCUAUAUUGAUUUUGACCGUGGUCAUCUAUUUUAUCAAUUACGGUGCGCUAGGUGAUGUGGAAUCCGCUGCUAUUCUGGCGUAUCUCAAAUUCAACUGGAUAACCAGCUUGGGAACAUGGAUUUCGUAUGACUUGCUCACCACCCUGCUGGGAACUCUAUUGGCGAUGGGGGUGCUGAGCAAGCGAUUUGGUGUUUCUGAUUUUCUCAUCUGUAUAUUCUCGGUUUGCUUCACUCUGAUCGGAAAGCCAAUUAUGGCAUAUGCUGUGAGCGCCGUGAAACCUUACCUGUAUUACGUGGCAACCUCAAUCGAUGUGUUUGAGGGAAGCAAAAUGGUCGCCAUCCGGAGCAUCAUCUCAAAACUGGUGGAACCGGAUGAAAUUGGAAAAAUGCUUGCCAUCAUGGGAAUUGUCGAUUCCGUACAGGUGGUGAUAUAUCCAACGCUCUACAGUGUGGUGUAUCUGAAGAGUCAGGAAUUUUUCAUCGGCACCGUGUUCCUGUUGAGCGAAGCGUUUCUGUUGCUCUCGUUGGUGAUCUAUCUGUUGCUUCAUUUCAUGUACACUGAUUUCGAAAAGAUGAAAGCGAGCCAGAGGAAGGUAGGAGUGGAUAACCCUGGAAUGGAAAUUACUGCCCUCUAAAAGUAAUUUUUAUUCAUUAACAAAAUAAGUGUACAUAAGUAUAUUGUAAGGUAAUAUUUAA